AUGGGGGUGAAUCACUCUCUGCUGCUCAGCGCCACCGGAGACUCCAGCUACAGGUUUGGAGCGACGUUUGUUGGAUCCAAACAGGCGGGUCCUGCAGAGUUCUUCCCGGUCAUGGUGGGAGACAUGGAUAACAGCGGCAGCCUGAACUCGCAGAUCAUCCAUCAGAUCAGCAGCAGGAUCCGCUCCAAAGUGGCGUUCCAGACGCAGCAGCAGAAGUUUGUGAACUGGCAGGGAGACGCCGAGUUCAAGGGAGAUGACUUCACGGCGGCGGUGACGUUUGGAAACCCCGACGUCCUCGCCGGCUCUGGGAUCGUCAUCGCUCACUACCUGCAGUCCAUAACUCCGGCUCUGGCGCUGGGAGGGGAGCUGGUUUACCACCGCAGGACCGGAGAGGAGGGCGCCGUGGUGUCGCUACUGGGUCGCUACACAGGCGGUAACUCCAUCGCCACGCUGACCCUCGGCUCGACCGGAGCUCACGCGUCGUACUACCACAGAGCCAACGACCAGCUGCAGGUCGGCGUGGAGUUUGAGGCCAGCUCCCGGACGCAGGACUCCAGCGUGACGUUUGGCUACCAGCUCGAUGUUCCCGGAGCUAACCUACAGUUCAAAGGUUCCAUUGACAGUAACUGGGUUGUCGGAGCGACGCUGGAGAAGAAGCUGCUUCCUCUUCCUCUCUCUCUGGUUCUCUGCUCCUUCCUGAACCACCAGAAGAACAAGUUCCAGUGCGGCUUCGGCAUCACUAUUGGUUAGAACCCAGGAGGGACUCGGACUCUAACGGUUCUGCAGCGUCAGCGCCUCAGCCGGUCUGAUCCUGCUGCGUCCGGCUGCUGGUCGUUAGUAGAAGAGGAAGUCGUUAGCAGCUUAAAUCUGAAGGAUGGGCGGAGCUUCAGUCUGAAGGACGGCAGAUAUUCAGUCUUCCUGCUCCGAUUCUCCUUCCUGUAAUUUUUAUUUUAUUUUAUUUUGGUUUCUGAAGGACUUUUAUCUUUUCUUUGAAGUCCUGAACCGUUCCAGCUGCACUAUAUGAACCUCCUGCUCUGAUGUUGGUUCUGUUAAACCCGUUUGGAUCGACUGUUUAUUCCUCCUGCUUCGUGUCAAACAGUCUUAAAGAGUUUAUUUUCCUUUUUUACAAAAUCUUCAGUCUCUCUUCUUUUAGUCGGUGAGAUGAAAACAUCAAAGAAACAUUUGUUCAAAGGUAUAAAGAUUUAAUUAAAGUUUGAAUUAUUUUUAAUCAGAGCAUUAAACAUG